AUGAGUAAGGAGGAAAAGAUCAAUCAAAUGAGAAGGGACCUGACAGUUCUUGGUCCCAUGAACAAGAUCUUAGUGGCCAAUAGAGGUGAAAUUCCUAUUCGGAUCUUUAGAACAGCACAUGAAUUAUCAAUGCAAACAGUGGCCAUCUAUUCUCAUGAAGAUCGUUUGUCAAUGCAUCGUUUGAAAGCUGAUGAAUCAUAUGUUAUUGGUAAAAAGGGUCAAUUCCUGCCAGUCCAAGCAUAUUUGCAAAUUGAUGAAAUCAUCAACAUAGCUAAAAAACAUAAUGUUAACAUGAUCCAUCCAGGUUAUGGUUUCCUUUCUGAAAACUCUGAAUUUGCUCGUAAAGUUGAAGAAAAUGGAAUUGUCUGGAUUGGUCCAAAUUACAAGACCAUUGAUAACGUUGGUGACAAGGUUUCAGCAAGAACUUUGGCUCUCCAAAAUGAUGUGCCAGUUGUCCCAGGUACUCCAGGUCCAAUUGAUAGUGUGGAAGAAGCCGUUGCCUUUGUUGAACAAUAUGGUUUCCCCGUAAUUAUUAAGGCCGCUUUUGGUGGUGGUGGUAGAGGUAUGCGUGUUGUCCGUGAAGGUGAUGACAUUGCCGAUGCCUUCACUAGAGCUACAUCUGAAGCCAAGACCGCCUUUGGUAAUGGUACAUGUUUUAUUGAACGGUUUUUGGAUAGACCAAAGCAUAUUGAAGUCCAAUUAUUGGCUGACAACUACGGUAAUGUUAUCCAUUUAUUUGAACGUGAUUGUUCUGUUCAAAGACGUCAUCAAAAAGUUGUUGAAAUUGCCCCUGCAAAGAACUUGCCCGUUCACGUAAGAGAUGCAAUCUUAACUGAUGCAGUUAAGUUGGCUCAAGCUGCCAAAUACCGCAAUGCUGGUACUGCAGAAUUCCUUGUUGAUGAACAAAACCGUCACUACUUUAUUGAAAUCAACCCAAGAAUUCAAGUUGAACACACUAUUACUGAAGAAAUUACAGGUGUUGAUAUUGUUGCUGCCCAAAUCCAAAUCGCUGCUGGUGCAUCGUUGGAACAAUUGGGUCUUUUACAAGAUAAAAUCACGACUAGAGGGUUUGCAAUCCAAUGUCGUAUUACCACAGAAGACCCCGCUCGUAAUUUCCAACCAGAUACUGGUAAAAUUGAGGUUUACAGAUCCUCAGGUGGUAACGGUGUUCGUUUAGAUGGUGGUAAUGGUUUUGCAGGUUCAGUUAUUUCCCCCCAUUAUGAUUCUAUGUUGGUUAAAUGCAGUUGCAGUGGUUCAACUUACGAGAUUGCCCGUCGGAAGAUGUUAAGAUCUUUAAUUGAAUUUAGAAUUAGAGGUGUUCAUACAAACAUUCCCUUCCUUUUAACACUUUUGACGAACGAAACCUUUAUUAAGGGUGAAUGCUGGACUACUUUUAUAGAUGAUACCCCUUCAUUGUUCCAAAUGAUCUCUUCUCAAAACAGAGCCACUAAAUUGUUGAACUACUUGGGUGAUUUAGUUGUCAAUGGUUCUUCUAUCAAGGGUCAAGCUGGUUUCCCUAAGUUAGAUACUGAUGCUCAAAUCCCUCUUAUUCACGAUCCUAAGACUGGCGAAGUUAUUGACGUGGACAACGCUGCUCCUCCAUCUGGUUGGAGACAAGUUCUUCUUAAGGAAGGCCCUGAGGAAUUUGCUCGUCAAGUUAGAAAGUUCCAAGGUACUUUGAUCACCGAUACUACUUGGAGAGAUGCGCAUCAAUCAUUGUUGGCCACAAGAGUUAGAACAAUUGAUUUGUUAAACAUUGCUCCAACAACUGCUCACGCUCUUUCUGGUGCCUUCUCCUUAGAAUGUUGGGGUGGUGCCACUUUUGAUGUUGCUAUGCGUUUCCUUUACGAAGAUCCAUGGCAGCGUUUGCGUCAACUCCGUAAGAUUGUUCCAAACAUUCCAUUCCAAAUGCUUUUACGUGGUGCUAACGGUGUUGCAUAUUCUUCUCUUCCAGACAAUGCAAUUGACCAUUUCGUUGCUCAAGCUAAAGAAACUGGUGUUGAUAUCUUUAGAGUUUUCGAUGCCUUGAAUGAUUUGGACCAAUUGAAAGUUGGAAUGGAUGCCGUUAAGAAAGCUGGUGGAGUGGUUGAAGCUACCAUUUGUUACUCUGGUGACAUGUUGACCCCAGGUAAGAAGUACAACUUGGAGUACUAUUUGGAAGUAGCUGACAAGAUUGUUGCCAUGGGAACCCAUUUCCUUGGUAUUAAGGAUAUGGCUGGUACUUUGAAGCCUAAGGCAGCAGAAUUACUUGUUGGCUCAAUUAGAGCUAAAUACCCCGACUUGCCUAUCCAUGUUCACACUCAUGACUCCGCAGGUACAGGUGUGGCUUCCAUGACUGCAGCUGCUAAGGCAGGUGCUGAUGUUGUUGAUGCUGCAUCCAACUCUAUGUCUGGUAUGACGUCUCAACCUUCCAUCAGUGCUAUCUUGGCUUCUUUGGAAGGUGAAGUUUCUACAGGCUUGAACCCUGAAUUGGUUAGAGAAGUUGAUAACUACUGGGGUGCAAUGAGAUUGUUAUAUUCUUGUUUCGAAGCUGACUUGAAGGGUCCUGAUCCAGAAGUUUAUCAACACGAAAUUCCUGGUGGUCAAUUGACUAACCUUUUAUUCCAAGCCCAACAAUUAGGUUUAGGUGCCAAGUGGGUUGCUACUAAAGAAAACUAUAAGAUUGCAAAUCAAUUAUUAGGUGAUAUCGUCAAGGUCACACCAACAUCAAAGGUUGUUGGAGAUUUGGCCCAAUUUAUGGUCACGAAUAACUUGUCAAAGGAAGAUGUUGUAAACUUGGCAGGUGAGUUGGACUUCCCAGAUUCUGUUUUGGACUUUAUGGAAGGUCUUAUGGGUACUCCAUACGGUGGAUUCCCAGAACCUUUACGGACUAAGAUGUUGGGUAACAAGAGAGCAAAGUUAACAGAGAGACCUGGGUUGAACUUACCUCCUGUUCAAUUCAAUGCCAUUAAGGAAGAGUUAUAUUCCAAAUAUGGUACCAGCAUCACUGAAAACGAUAUUGCAUCUUAUGUUAUGUACCCUAAGGUGUUUGAAGAUUUCCGUAAGUUGCUUCACAAGUAUGGUGAUUUGUCUAUCUUGCCAACUAGAUUCUUCCUCAAGCCUCCACGGAUUGGUGAAGAAAUCUCUGUUGACAUUGAACAAGGGAAGACUUUGAUCAUCAAAUUGUUGGCAAUUGGUGAAAUCAACCACACCACUGGUUUCAGAGAAGUAUUCUUUGAAUUGAAUGGUGAAAUGCGUUCUGUUAACAUUGAAGAUAAGACUAUCCAAGUUGACGUCAAGUCACAUCCAAAGGCUCACUUACCUAACGAAGUUGGUGCUCCAAUGGCUGGUGUUAUCAUUGAAGUUAAGACCAAGGAGAAGCAUGAUAUUCGUAAGGGUGAACCAAUUGCUGUUCUUUCAGCUAUGAAGAUGGAAAUGGUGAUCAGUGCUCCUUGUGAUGGUGUCGUUGGUGAGAUUGUCGUUAAGGAAGGUGAACCAGUUGAUGCUCUUGAUUUGAUCACAACUAUUUUGUUACCAUGA